AUUCAAAUAAUCAAUGCUUGAUGAUGAGUUGGUUAUUUGAAUCAGCUGUGUAGUGCUAGGGCAAAAACCAAAACGUACGCCCGGGGGGCCAGGACCGAGUUUGUGGUGUUUAUUGGUGUAAUUAAUUCAAUUUCCAAUCAUAUGUCAUUAUGUCACUCAUUCAAACUUACAGACUAAAAGUUAAAAAAAAUCUCUCCAUUUGUCCAUAAAAUGUCAGUGUUGAAUAUUAUUUGUAUUAGACCUCUGUGGGAUGGACACAGUUUAUUUGGAAAUACAGUACAUUAAUUCAAGUGUAUUGGUCUUCUAUUUGUAAAAAUAAAACUACAAUUUUAUAUAAAGUCUUUGAACGUAAUUAGGAUUCAAUCAUGUGUGUGUUUAGGUUGCGUUUUUAUGUUUAUGGUGUAUCAAUGUUUGUCUGUCACUAUAGAGGUCCCAGAUCCAUACCUCAAAAUAUGACUGGUUCAUCCAUUCCCCAUUGAUUCCAUUAUACCCCAUACUGUAUGUAUUGCAUGAUGACGAGGCAAAACAUUUAUUUUUUUACAGCUUUUAUGACAACUUUCCUUAUCAGGAUAGGUGCUCAAAAUGAAGCUUUGCUACAGACAUGAUGCCCCACUAUAACAAAAUAUUGUUAAAUCUCAGAUGAGACCAUUCAGACAAGCACGAGCUUGAGUCCCCUCACGCUCACCUAGGCGGGAAAAGUACACUGUCUCCAUGGAGACAGGGAAGACAACACCUCUCUCAGGUGUCCUGUCUUGUCUCCAAUGGUGACAGCUUAUUUACUUGCAAUGAUGUUUUGGCAAAAUCGCCUCACUGGAGAACUACAACAACGCAGACUACAAUUAAUUUUUUUAAUAAACAAUGACUAAAUAAAGUUAUAGGGGAAAAUGUAAAGUUGUUGCCUAUUAUGCAAUAUUUCCAUUGGUAGACAAAGUGAAAAGGAACACUUGGAGCAGUGGAUGCCCUAAAACUGUACUUCUCCAAGACGUCGGAGGUGGGAGCCCUAUACCGGACUGCGAAGACUCAGCGAAUAGACAGACAGCCCGUUCACUUGGAAAAGUCAGAAGUCGGACACAACACAAACGUAGAAAAAUUAGAAAGCUAGAUGUAAUUCUUGGAAGUUUUGUGACCAAACCAUCACAUCGGAAUCCUGCCAUUCUACAUUUUACGCGAGGAAAAGGAGAAGACAGCAGCUGUGACUUUGGAUGGCCAUAAUGACAGACCGUUGUUUAACCCCUCGUUGUUGGAUGGCUGUCACUGUUUAGCGCUGGAUGCUGCAGGGUGGCUGUGUGUGGUGGGGAGUUCCUGAGAUCGCAGAGAAGAGAGAGGAGGACUAGCACUUACUCACGUAGAGGCACACACUCGCACACACACACCUUCUCAGCGUAGCGGCGGGUGCAGCUGUGGUGCCAGCUAGCGUCUCAGGGAUUGUGCGUGCGGUUGUACAGUACAUCAGGAUGGUGGUGGUGUGGUUGCCGUGGGGAUGGGCAUGGAGGACUGUACUGCUGGUGACUGGACUGGCUUCGCUGAGCCCGGGGACUAACGCCAACGUGUUGGACACAAUGUUACUGAGGAACCCUGGGAGAGACAGAUCAGACAGUAGGAGGGAGGAGGGUGGGAAUACAGCCCCGGCUCCAGCACAGAGGAUACUCUGGUGUCACUGUUACCAUCACUGUCCUGAAGACUCUACCAACAAUACCUGCAGGACUGAUGGUUAUUGCUUCACCAUGGUGGAGGAUGAAGAGGGAAGUCUCCCUGUGCUCACCUCUGGAUGUCUGGGGCUGGUGGGCUCAGAGUUCCAGUGCAGGGACACAGGGAAUGCCCGUCAGAGGAGGGCUCUAGAGUGCUGUACAGACCAGGACUUCUGCAAUAAAGACCUGUAUCCUACUUUACCACCACUGAGGACCCCUGAUUACGUGGACAGCAGUAUCCACCACAUGGCUCUCUUCAUCUCUGUCACAGUGUGCAGCAUCAUCCUGGCACUCAUCAUCGUCUUCUGUUACUUCAGGUAUAAGCGUCAGGAGUCCCGGCCUCACUACAGUAUUGGUCUGGAGCAGGAUGAGACUUACAUUCCCCCUGGAGAGUCUCUGAAGGACCUGAUAGAACAGUCCCAGAGCUCUGGCUCAGGAUCAGGACUCCCCCUGCUGGUGCAGCGCACCAUAGCCAAGCAGAUUCAGAUGGUGAAGCAGAUAGGUAAGGGCCGCUAUGGGGAGGUGUGGAUGGGUCGCUGGAGAGGAGAGAGAGUGGCUGUCAAAGUGUUCUUCACCACCGAGGAGGCCAGCUGGUUCAGAGAGACCGAGAUCUACCAAACUGUCCUCAUGAGACACGAGAACAUACUGGGCUUCAUAGCAGCUGACAUAAAGGGAACAGGGUCGUGGACCCAGCUCUACCUGAUCACAGACUACCAUGAGAGUGGAUCUCUGUAUGACUACCUCAAGUCCACCACGCUAGACAUCAAAGCCAUGCUUCGGCUGGCUUACUCAUCAGUGUCAGGCCUCUGCCACCUCCACACAGAGAUCUUUGGCACCCAGGGCAAGCCAGCCAUCGCCCACAGAGACCUGAAGAGCAAGAACAUCCUGGUAAAGAAGAAUGGGGCCUGCUGCAUCGCAGACCUGGGUCUUGCCGUCAAAUUCAUCAGUGACACCAAUGAGGUGGACAUCCCUCCCAACACUAGGGUAGGCACAAAGCGCUACAUGCCCCCGGAGGUCCUGGAUGAGAGUCUGAACAGGAAACACUUCCAGUCCUACAUCAUGGCCGACAUGUACAGCUUCGGCCUCAUCCUCUGGGAGAUCGCCCGGCGCUGCGUAUCUGGAGGCAUCGUAGAGGAGUACCAGCUGCCUUACCAUGACCUGGUGUCCUCUGACCCCUCCUAUGAAGACAUGAGGGAGGUUGUGUGCAUCAAGAGACAGAGACCCUCCUUCGCCAACCGCUGGAGCAGUGAUGAGUGUCUCAGACAGAUGGGGAAGCUGAUGACGGAGUGCUGGGCCCACAACCCUGCAUCUCGCCUCACUGCUCUGAGAGUGAAGAAGACCCUGGCCAAGAUGUCUGAGUCUCAGGACAUCAAACUGUGACACGCUGCUGCUCCUCCUGCUGCCACCUAGAGACACUCAUCCCCUAGAGACAUGUCCUUGGCCUAGCGCCUCUCUGCCAGGCCCACGGGAGGAGGGCAAGGCAAGAGAUAGCGGUAGAAGGAGAGAGAGAGUGAGAGUUUUCCCAGGUUCAAGGUCUGCUCUCGCCUUGCCCUUGCCACUGCUAAGACAGAGAGUCCCAGUGGGCAGUUUCUGUUCUGGGCCAGUCUGGUCUGGCAUUGCUUUCUGUGAAAGCGGAGUGGCUGUGUGAGUGAGGGGAAAACACAAGGACAAACAGUACCCUCUGCAGGAGAGGAGGAGCCACUCUAUCCCUCACGGCCAAGAGAGGGCGAGAGAGAAGGGGAGUUCCUGCUCUGUCCAUCUAAAGCCAUAUAACAGUAUUGUUUGUUUUCGCUGUAACAUUUUAUUAGAACGAGCCACAUUAACCCCUUCAAAACCCGUCAUAACAAUGCCAUGUUUACGACUGUUAUGUAGGGUUAUGGUGGCUAGUUCAAAUAAAGACUUUGUUUUUUCCCAUUGUGCUGUAGCAACUGGCCCUAUUUGUUUGUCUUCAAGCCCAAGCUUUUGCAACUGUAAAGAAAGCUCUGCAUACUGUUGGAAGUGAAGUCGAUUACUCAGUAAUUCUUGCAGCAUCACUGCCCUAGAAACCCAGGUAUUUGGUUCUAUUCAUACAGGAAAACACAUUGCUUCAAUAUUGACUUGGGGCCAUUUGGCUAUACAAAGGAGUCAUUCUUAAUGUCUCUGUAUCAAGGACUAACGAUAGGAGAAAAGGAUCAUAAUUAUAUUAUUAUUCUGAUGAAGCUGAUGGUUAAUUAAAAAGCAUGGGAGUGAUGUUACUGGGCAAUUCCAUGGUAACAGAGUGAUGCUGAGAAUCAGAUGUAUUCUUUUAAAAUGUAUGUCAAACAAAAACCAAUAAUUGCAAAGUUAAACAAACCAUACAACAAAAGGACUAAUUUUAACAACUUCCACUGAAAAUUUGACAAAAACACAUUUACUUGAAGAACAGUGCAUAUUCAAAGUUUGGUAACAGAAUGACGGUUUGUUUCUAGUUUGACAUACAUUUUAAAUUGAAAAAUCUGAAUCACUUAACAUGGAAUUGCCCUAAUCAGGCUACCUGACUCAUGCCAGUAAGAUGGCCUCGCUCAUGUUGGUCUUGCUACUGUAAUAUUCUCAUUCCCCCCUCACAGAAUUUAAUUGUAAAUAACAACAUUGACAUGUAUUGAUGGUGGACUUAAUAAUAUUGUUAAAUAUGUGUUUUGGUUGUUUGCCUUUGACUUGUGUACAGAAUAACUCCCUGAGUGUCCACUAUGGCAUGUGCCUUAUUUAAUCUGUACAUAUGUGUAUAAGAGAAUGUGUGGACCAGGAGAACAUUCCCUAAUAAAAUGCUGUCUGUCUCCA